UCAGAUGGGCUACGUCAGGGAGUACAUCCUCUGGGCAGCUGCCAAGUCCCAGCUACUGGCUCACCAGUUCAUUUGGAAUAUGAAGACCAACAUCUACCUGGAUGAAGAGGGACACCAGAAAGACCCUGACAUUGGGGAACUGUUGGAGCAGCUCGUGGAGGAAAUAACCGGCUCGUUGUCUGGUCCAGCCAAGGAGUUUUACCAACGGGAGUUUGACUUCUUCAACAAAAUCACCAACGUUUCUGCCAUCAUCAAGCCAUAUCCUAAAGGCGAAGAGCGGAAAAAGGCUUGUCUGAACGCUUUAUCUGAAGUAAAAGUGCAACCAGGUUGCUAUUUACCAAGCAAUCCAGAAGCCAUUGUUCUGGAUAUUGACUACAAGUCGGGAACGCCUAUGCAAAGUGCUGCCAAAGCCCCUUAUUUGGCCAAGUUCAAGGUGAAAAGAUGUGGAGUGAGUGAACUUGAAAAAGAAGGUCUGCGUUGCCGUUCAGAUUCCAUCGACGAAAGCGGAGAAGACGGGAGGGAGAGCAAGAAGAUUUGCUGGCAGGCCGCCAUCUUUAAAGUGGGCGACGACUGCAGGCAGGACAUGUUGGCCUUGCAGAUCAUCGAUCUGUUCAAGAACAUCUUUCAGCUGGUGGGCCUCGACCUCUACGUCUUCCCCUACAGGGUGGUGGCUACCGCUCCUGGGUGUGGCGUCAUCGAAUGCAUCCCAGAUUGUACUUCCCGAGAUCAGCUGGGCAGGCAGACCGACUUUGGGAUGUACGAUUACUUUACUAGGCAGUACGGUGAUGAAUCAACCCUGGCCUUCCAGAAGGCUCGCUACAACUUCAUCCGCAGCAUGGCUGCGUACAGUCUUCUGCUGUUCCUCUUGCAAAUUAAAGACAGGCAUAAUGGCAACAUCAUGCUGGACAAACAUGGACACCUCAUUCACAUUGAUUUUGGAUUCAUGUUCGAAAGUUCUCCCGGUGGAAACCUGGGUUGGGAGCCCGACAUCAAGCUGACGGAUGAGAUGGUCAUGAUCAUGGGUGGCAAGAUGGAAGCCACGCCUUUCAGGUGGUUCAUGGAGAUGUGCGUCAGGGGCUACCUGGCGGUCAGGUGAGGAGGCUUCCGCUUGGGUUCCCGCCUUGCAUUUUUGGCAUUCGGCCCUUUUCCCCAAACCCUCUUGCAAGAGACCAAUUCAGGCAGUUUUAGGGAAGAAAAUCCAUACAGGUGAUUCCUAGACUU